CAAUAUCAUUCACAACUCUUCGCAUACAGACUUAGCAUCGUAGCCAUAACAAUGUUGUUUUUUUUUUUUUUUUUCCCUUUCUCUCAACUCAUUAAAUAGUUAAAUAGGAGUACUAUCUGCUAUCCGCCUAUUCUAUGUUAAAAUCGUGAUUUCGUUCUAUUUUCAGCGAAGUUUGAACUUUCUUUUCUCACUUGAGCCAAAGGAGCCAAAGCCCGGCCACCUAGCAAAGGUAACUAACAAUGGCCAACAUCUCAAACGUCGACCGACAUGUGGCCGUCUUAUCAUUGCCUUUCUCCAGCCACGCCAGCCGCAUCCUAAGACUUGUCCGCCGCCUCGCCGCUGCCGCCCCGACCGUCGCUUUCUCCUUCUACACCGCUCCUCAAUCCAUCGCGUCCUUGUUCUCGCCGUCGAAAAAGGUCCCCGAGAACAUAAAGCCGUACGCGGUGUGGGACGGGGUGCCGGAGGGGUAUGUGUUCUCCGGGGAUCCUCACGAGCACAUCAACUUGUACCACGCGGCGGUGGAGGAGGGGGAGAUCAGCCUUAAGGAAGUUUUGAAGGCGGCCGAGGUGGAGCUAGGGCGGAGGAUCGGGUGCGUUAUAUCGGACUCGUUCCUGUGGUUUGCCGGGGAUUUGGCGGAGGAGAUGGGGGUUCCGUGGGUAUUGAGUUGCGCGGGCGCUCGCGCUCUGUCGUCUCAUUUUUAUACUGACCUCAUCAGGGAAACUGUUGGAAUUCAUGAUAUUGCUGGGCGGGAAAACGACAUCAUAAAAUUCGUCCCAGGAUUUUCGGAGCUACGUCUUGGGGACUUGCCUACCGGAGUCCUGUUUGGGAACUUGGAAUCUCCGUUCGCGGUCAUGCGGCACAAAAUGGGCCGGGCGCUGCCUAAAGCAACCGCGAUUGCUGUCAACUCCUUCGAAGAAAUAGAUCCUGAAAUCAACCAGGAUCUCAAGUCCAAGCUCAAAAUGUUCCUCACUGUGGGCCCAUUGAACUCAAUAUCAUCAUCGUCGUCGCCGCCACCGCCCUCCUCGUACUCGGACGAGUACGGAUGCAUUGAGUGGUUAGACAACCGCAAAGCCGUCUCGGUCGCCUAUAUCGGCUUCGGAACAAUAGCUACACUGCCACCAGCCGAGAUUGCGGCACUAGCUGAAGCACUAGAAGCUAACGGCACUCCGUUUCUUUGGUCUCUCAAAGAUAAUCUGAAAGAGUUUUUGCCAGAAGGUUUUGUAAAGCGAACAGCCGAGCUAGGAAAGAUCGUGCCGUGGACGCCACAGGUACAAGUUCUGGCACACAGUUCGGUGGGAGUUUUCGUAACUCACUGCGGAUGGAACUCGGUGUUGGAGAGCUUUGCAGGGGGCGUGCCCCUGAUCGGGAGGCCGUUCUUCGGGGAUCAGCACCUGAACACGUGGAUAGUGCAAAACGUGUGGAAAUUCGGCGUGAGGGUGGAGGGUGGAGUUUUCACAAAGAGUGGUGCAAUGUCUGCCCUCGAGAUGGUUUUGUCUCGUGAAAAGGGUAAGGAAUUGAGGGAGCAAGCUGGGAAGGUCAGAGAGCUUGCUUUGAAGGCUGUUGGACCAGAAGGGAGCUCAACUCAGAAUCUCAAUACUUUGCUGGAGGUAGUAACGAGGUACAAUCUUUAAUGUAGAAAAUGAUAAUAAUUCGAAGUACCAUGUUGGAUUUGGAUGUAAUAAGAAUACUUAUUAUUGUGUGUAUUUGAAAAUCUGAUUCCAAGAAUUAUUGUGUGUUGUGUACGUGAUCAGUGUGGUAGAAACUAUCCUCCUCUGAGGAUAUAUACCGUUGUAUUAUUGAGUACGUAGUUUGGUAGGUCCAAGGUUCUCUGUACUCAGAGUUUGAUGUAUCUUUAUCUCGGUGCAAGAUACAACAAUCCUAAAUUGUACGAGAAGCAAUUAUACGUGAAUUCGGGACAUAGUUCUAUGGAUGAAAUUGUGCGAGAAGCAA